UAAAAUCAUUUUAGUUUUAUUAUAGUUAAAGGUCGAUUUGGACCACGUCUAGAUUUUGAAAUAGGGCCUCCACGAUCUAGUAGACAACCCUGCACCCACCUCUCGAUCAAUUUAGACUAUUUUCAUUUCUCCAUUCAAUUUUUGCGCUAUAUCCAUUUUCUCUUCUUUCCAUAUUUACUUUCCUCCCUACUAGGGCUGGGAAUUCGGUCUUGGUUUCUUGGUCAAACUCGAAACGAGAUCGUUUAUUCCUGAUGUAAUUUUUUUCUGAACUUAAGUAUUUUUUUACAAUUAUUUACUAAUUUUUAAUUUUGAUAAAUUUAUGGAGAAAAAAAUUAGGGCCACAUUUUAAAUUUUCGAACCGGGCCUCCAAUUAUCAUGGGACGGUGCUGGGAGGAUGCCAAUGUUGACUCGGUCAUUAGUUUUUGUUUAACGUCUUUGACUCGCUGAUCUCACGAGUCACGUCUCAUGGAGCUGGGGAAAACGAUAGACAGAAGAAAAUACAAUUCUACUUUCUACGCGAAAACGCCGACUCAGGGACCCGUCAGGCCGUCACCUGUGUGAGUCGUCGUCGUCGACCACGUCUCAAGCUGCCGAAAAUCGUCAAUAGACGGACUCGGCGAGUUUGGCAAGUUUUUAAAACUUUGAUGGUUCUUUUGUAAUACACAAAGUUUUACGAACUGGUUUUGAAAUUUCGUUCCAAGUGCCGAUUUUUGAAUCCAGUGGAGGAGAGAGAGGAAGCGUAUCACAAGUGGAGAAGCCGAUUUUGGGAUCCGCGGGAAGCAGCGAGAGAGAGGAAGUCGAUUUGCAAGGGGGGACUCCGCCGGAAGGGAGGUUAAUUCUUUUACUGUCGCCGAUUGGAACCGGCACCGCUCUUCUGUUACUUCCCGGCGGUUCUUGGUACGAAGAGAGAGAAAGGCGGGAUUCAAAUUGAGGUUCCACGGAGACGAGUCCUUGUCCCUGCCAGGAACUUGCCGCAGCUGCUGCUCUCUCGUCGAACUGCGUCCGCCGUUACUGCUUGUCGGAGAGCGGCAGAGCUGAGCUUGGGAAGAGGGAUACUUAUACGAAUAGAAGCUUGGAAAGGGAGUUCGGUUGUAGAUCGAGAGGGAAGCGGACGGAGCUGAUUGGGAGUAGCCAAGCAUCGCUGCUGUCACAUUGAUUGGCCGUUACUAGGCGUGGGUAUUCUUCUCCCUGGCUACAUUUACCAAUCUAAUUGCAACUCAUAUGAGCAGAUUUGGGUAUGAAUUGGUUGCUGAUUUCUACUUGAGAUCCAGCGAUUGAUUCCAAUCUUGUUCAGAUAGUUGUGUUCAUCAAUCUGGAAGCCGAGCUCUGUUGCUUGAGUUAAUUUUGUUUGGGGGUGGUUGACAAUUUUUUUAUUUAUUACAACCCUUAUGUUUGCCUGGAGUUGAAAGCUAGCAGAAAUGUGUUGAAUUACCAAGCCCUGCUGUGCCUUUCCCGAGUUCUUGUGUUGCUCAAAAUUACCUCUCUUUCCAUUCCCUGGAAACUGGUGUUUGUUUCUAGAUUUUUGUUCCAAUUUCUCAUUCCUUCAAAUUUUGGUAGUGACAUAAGCUGGGGAGUUGGUUGAUGAAGAAGCAUAAUUUUCAGCACCCCUGCUUAUUUUUCUUUCUCGUUUUAGGAUUAGGUUAUUAGGAUAUUAUUACCAUUGACCUAAUACAUUGUUUGAGAUUGGUGUUGGAUUUGUUCAUGAGCUCCCUGCCCUCUUCAUACCCUGUUGCUGUUCUCUUGCUUCCAAUUUUCAUUUUUGUAAAUUUAGCUAAUUUUAUUCAUAGAUCCAUGUGCAUGCCAUGACUUGGUUUUCGGUUUUGAUGACUGAUGAUUUGGUGGGUGGCCAUGACAGCUCACCUUCCAAAGCUCACAUGGUGGCUCACAUUGCACUUGUGGUGCAUAUUUGAUAUGAUUGUUGCAAAUUAUAAUGAUUGCGUCUUAUAUUGAAUGCUCAAGUGGUUCACAUUUGAUUUUGAUUACAGUUCAGUACGAUGGCCUCUUAUGGGUUGAACAUGUUGAAUAGCACUGUAAAUUGGGUAACACAGGCCUUGGACGCACCUUCUGCUCGAGCUGUUGUUUUCGGAGUCCAUAUUGGAGGUCACUAUUUUGUUGAAGGACUUUUACUAGUUGUGAUCCUUUUCCUGCUCUCCCAGAAAAGUUACAAGCCACCUAAACGGCCUCUGAGCAAAAAGGAAAUUGAUGAAUUGUGUGAUGAUUGGGUUCCGGAGCCCCUGAUUCCUUCCAUUACUAAAGAGAUGCAAUAUCAGCCACCAGUGUUGGAAAGUGCUGCAGGCCCGCAUGUUGUAAUCAAUGGGAAAGAAGUUGUGAAUUUUGCCACUGCUGAUUAUCUGGGAUUAGUUGGACAUGAGAAAGUGCAGGAGUCGUGCACUGCUGCACUGGAAAAGUAUGGUGUUGGUUCUUGUGGUCCUCGUGGUUUCUAUGGGACAAUUGACGUCCACCUUGAUUGUGAAAGCCGGAUAUCAAAAUUCUUGGGAACACCAGACUCAAUUCUCUAUUCAUAUGGCCUUUCCACAAUGUUCAGUGCAAUUCCAUGUUUUGCCAAGAAGGGCGACGUCAUUGUUGUUGAUGAAGGUGUCCACUGGGGAAUACAAAAUGGACUUCAUUUGUCUAGAAGCACCAUUGUCUAUUUCAAGCAUAAUGAUAUGAAGUCUCUACACGACACAUUAGAAAAUAUUACUGCAGAUAAUAAACGUGCUAAGAAGUUGCGGCGCUACAUAGUUGUUGAAUCUGUUUACCAGAAUUCUGGUCAAAUAGCUCCUCUAGAUGAGAUCAUCAAGCUGAAGGAGAAAUAUCGGUUCCGUGUUUUUUUGGACGAGAGCAACUCGUUUGGUGUGCUUGGCCAAUCUGGAAGAGGUCUUACUGAAUACUGUGGAGUUCCGGUUGAUAAGAUAGAUAUAAUAACUGCUGCGAUGGGGCAUGCUUUAGCUACUGAAGGAGGAUUUUGCACUGGCAGUACUAGAGUCGUUGAUCACCAACGAUUGAGCAGCUCUGGCUAUGUCUUCUCCGCAUCGUUGCCCCCGUAUCUCGCUAGUGCUGCUAUUACUGCUAUUGAUAUGAUUGAGGAGAAUCCUGAUCUGAUAAAAAAGCUGAAAAAGAACAUUUCUUUGCUGUUGAAAGGGCUGUCCAACGUAGAAGGCCUCACCUUGACGAGCAGUCCAGAAUCACCAAUCGUUUUCCUUAAACUGGAGCAAUCCACAGGAUCGACAAAAGGCGAUAUGGAAGUCCUCGAAGAAAUUGCCGAACGUGCUCUGAAGGAAGACUCGGUGUUCAUGGUGACCUCCAAAAGAUCGAUUCUUGAUAAGUGCCGGUUGCCCGUGGGAAUCAGAUUGUUCGUGUCUGCUGGCCAUACAGAGGCUGAUCUAACCAAGGCUUCUGAAUGCUUGAAGAGAGUUUCAGCAUUGGUGCUGAAGCAUCGUGACUGACCUUGCCUGUUCCAACUCAGAUUUUUCUUCUUUUGAUCAUAAUUGCCUUUUCUUAUACAAAUGUUAGGGAUUUGGUAGGCUGAGAGAAAACUAGGGAGGUGAGGGGAUAUACAAAGGGGAAGGGAAGGGAAGGAAGUUCUGCUGAGAAGUUGUUCAGAUUAUUUAUUGUUCUCUUUUGUUUCUUCUGGCCAUAGAUUCUUUUUUCCUUUGGGGUUUUAUUAGUGUUGACUUAGUUUUUCUUUCGUGGAAGAUUCCAUUGGAUGUUCCCAAGUCAAAGGCAAUCUUGUUUGUAGGAUAAUGCUCCUAUUGAGUAAAAACUUUGACCUUGAGUUGUGUUGUAUCAUGAGAUUAUGAAAGUGGUUCUUUUGCAUUCAACUUGUGUAUUUUUAAGGAUUGGUUUUAGGGCUUGUUGGAUUUGAAAACGAAGGUUUUGAGUAUUGAAAACCUUUGGAUUUAUGAUGGAUUAGGUUUUGAGUUUUGAAAACCUUUGGAUUUAUGAUAGAUUUAUUGUAUUUUGUAUUUGAAAGAUAACAUUGUUUGUUUAAUUGAAUUUUUGUCAUGGAUUUAGUUCAUUUGGUAUUUGGUCUCAAAUAUUUGUCUUCCACAUAGAUAUUUGCAAAUACCAAAUGAAAUGUGGUAUUUACAAAUACGUGGGACCAACAGAUUUGGAGCUAAAAAAAAUCCAAAUAAGUGGGCCCAUGGAUUUGUAUAUAUCAAAUACAUAAUGCUUGGUAUUUGGGUGCCAAAUACAACACCCAAAUCCCACAAGCAAACGACACCUUAGGGUCGUUUGGAUGAGGAAUUGUAACGGAUCAAAUUGACACAAUUAUACAAAAUUGCAUCGUUUGCCAACAAAAAAAUUUUGGAUGGAUCAAUCUACCUGCGGUAUUUUGAAUUGAUCCGUUUUGAGUCAAUUUCAAUUACUUGGGGUGGGGUAUGUAAUUCGAAUUGACUCGUUUUAAUUGCCUUGUUUAUAAAACGAGACAAUUGAUCAAAUUGACUCAUUUCUAGAUUGAUCCAUCCAAACGACCCCUUAGUUUUUUACAAUCGGAAUUAAAGGGGUAUUUUUUAUCAGACAUUAGUCUAUAACUAUACAGCUAUUGAGGAGGAUUGACAAGUCAGGAAGUCACGGGAACUCGAAUUUUAUGUAUGGAGUUACGUUGACAUCUUAGUAUCUCUAUAUUAAACGGUCGAAACAAAUUUUGGAAUGCUUCGGAUGACUGAUUUGGGAGGUGAGUCAUGAAUUGUUUAGUGAAUUUGAUGGAAUGUUUUUAUUGAGAGUGCAAAGUGAUGAAUUGGUUAAUUAUCUCUUGGUAUAUGCUAUUAAAAUGUCCAAAUUGUAUUUAUCAUAAUAUUAUUACAACAAAUUUAACUGGUAUAUAACUCCAACCACCUUGUUACUAUCUAUAUUAUAGCUAAUCGCGAUUGAUUAUUUUUUAUUCGGCUGUCAUAUGAAGUUGUUUUUCGGACGAUGGUAAUCUAGCCAACUAUUUGAAGAGAAUUUUCCUAUUGAGAUUACAAUACAUCUUGUGUGAACGUGCUCGCAGGUGCUUGGUGUCGUUAGAUUGGACGUGAACAAUCUCUAAUCGUUGAUGAAAGCGGCAACAAUUUUGUAAAUUUAUAACGGUGAAGGAAGUAAGGUUGACCUGAGAAAGUAAAAUCAAGAGCUGCCGGCCUGCCGCCAUACGGCCAUAUCGAAAUGAAAAGAGCGAAUUUAACAGAAACAUAACGACAGUGCGACACCAACCAACGGAGCAACACAACGCGAUUUUCUCCGUCUUUCCUUCCUUCGGCUUUUCUGUUCCUAAAGGAAUCUAAUUUCCGCCAUUAACGCUCUCGAUUAAGCUCUCACUCUCGCUCCAUGUCAACUCUCUGUUCCUAAGCACUUCACUUUGCUUCCCCACCAAAAUCAAUUAACGUAAUCUAAGUCUACAGCCAAAAGGAGUUAGCUUUCUGGAUGAAGCAAAAAUCGUGAGUUGCUUCCAGCUUUCUGCUUUUAUCAGAUUUUUCCUCUUUCCGUCCCCAACUACCCUUCUUCCCCCCUCCGCCUCGAGACAGUGAAACAAAGCGUCUUUCCCUGAUCAUGAAUUUGGGUUUCUCUCCUGUUCUUCGAUCUGUAAGUUCCUUCUUUCUUCUCUCCUGCUGCGAUUUGGAUUCUUUAAUGUUCUAUUUCUCGAACUGGGUAUGCUACGAAAGAAUUUCCUGACAUUGAAUGAUACCGAAGCCGAUUAUACUUUGUUUUGUGACUGCUAUAUGCUAGGUUAGAUAUUGAACCGGCCAAAGUUGUGAACUUUUUAUCCAGAUGGAAAGCUAGGGUUCAUUGGUUUGAUUAGACGAACUUGGUUCUUCACUUGGGGUUUGAGUGGUGGUAUUUCUUUAAGCAGACGUUCAUAUCGAAAUGCAAGCAUUUUCCUAUCAAGCAAUCUAAACAUUUAGGUGGGGUUUGCCACUUGGACGUUUCUUUGCUUUUCAUUUAUGGGUUUGGCUAUUGGUGUACAGUGUACUUAUGGUGUGGUUAUUGAGCAGGUAUUGUAGGAGAACCCCCAGCUCUGUUGCGAUGUCAAGGCCUAUGCUACUAGUCUUUCUGCUGCUUAUACUCAUAAUUACCUCUCAGUUUGAAUGGAGACAACAACUUGUAAACGACAUUGACCCAACUCCUGGGAUAACAUCUAAACAGCAACAAAUAUCAAAGAGGGAA